CAUUGAAUGGGCUCCGGGACUAGCUGCCAGCGCACUACAACGGCUGUUUGAAACACACAACAAUCGCCCAGGAACACAAUUUUUCCGAAGAAGUGUUCAGAAAUCCCAGGGUGAUGGUUUCUCUGUGACCGGCCCCGACUCAACACCACAACAGGACGCGAGUUCGCCCAGGGACGGGUCCCGAUAGAUAACUUUUAAUCUUCCCUGAAGCUUGCGGAUGGAAACCCAUCGGGAGUACAUCUUCCUGAGCGCUGCUGUGGUACCCUGAAACCUUCACUAUCACGGAGUACACCCAGGGAUUUGUUUUGAACAUGGAUACCUUCUUUGCUGAGGGUUCCCGUGUCUGGCUGAGGCACAAGGAGCUGCUCCUGCCGUCCACCGUGAACUCCUGUGACGAGAUCUCCCUGGUCGUCACGACAGACUAUGGAAAGGUGGUGUGUGUGGAGGGUCCGGACCUGAACAGGGACACGGUGUUCCCCAUGCACCCCAGCAGCAUCCAGGGGGUGGAGGACAUGUCCACGCUGGCCGAGCUCCACGAAGCAGCCAUCAUGCACAACCUGUUCCUGCGUUACCAGCAGGACCUCAUCUAUACCAACAUCGGCUCCAUCCUGGCCGCGGUGAACCCCUACAAGCAGAUCGCGGGUCUGUACGACACCGCGGUGGACAUGUACAGCCGCCACCACAUGGGGGAGCUCCCGCCCCACAUCUUCGCCGUGGCCAAUGAGUGCUACCGCUGCCUGUGGAAGAGGCACGACAGCCAAUGUGUGCUCAUCAGCGGCGAGAGCGGAGCGGGGAAGACGGAGAGCACCAAACUGCUCCUCAAGUUCCUGUCGGUGAUGAGCCAGAAGUCGUCCGGCACGCCCCCCUCGGAAAGGACCACCCGCGUGGAGCAGGCCAUCGUCCAGAGCAGUCCAAUCAUGGAGGCGUUUGGGAACGCCAAGACGGUGUACAACAACAACUCCAGCCGCUUCGGGAAGUUCAUCCAGCUCCACUUCUCCCACGGCGGGAACAUUCAGGGCGGCUGCAUCAUCGACUGUAUCCUGCACCUCAUUAUGGAACUAUUGUAUUUUAUACACAAUAGUUAUUGUCUCAAACACAAGUUUGUGCAAAUGUUCAAUGUGGUCAUUCAAUGCUGCAUAUUGGCCUUGACUUUAAAACCCCCAGAUUUGCUUGAAAAGGUAAGAUUGUUAGGUUUGGAGACGCAUAUUGGUCACCUCUUGACGCUGUCCCAACAUCAUUCUAAUAAACUGGGCAUGCUGGCGCUCAUCAACGAAGAAAGCCGAUUCCCCAAAGGAACCGACUACACCCUCCUGGAGAAGCUGCACAGUCGGCACGCGGCUAACCCCUACUACGUGAAGCCCAGAGUGACCGACCACCAGUUCGGCAUCAAGCACUACGCCGGAGAGGUUCUUUACGACGGCCGCGGGAUCCUGGAGAAGAAUCGCGACACCUUCCGGGACGACAUCCUCUUCAUCCUCAAGGACAGCAGGCUGGACUUCAUCUACGACCUGUUUGAGCGCGUUGGCAGCCGCAGCGGGGACGAGACCAUGAAGAUGGGCACGGCCCGCCGCAAGCCCACCGUCAGCUCCCAGUUCCGGGACUCCCUCCACUCCUUGAUGGGCAGCCUAGGCGCCUCCAACCCCUUCUUUGUGCGCUGCAUCAAACCCAACAUGAACAAGAACGCCGAUCGAUUCGACCCGGACGUGGUCCUGAACCAGCUGAGGUAUUCCGGGAUGUUGGAGACGGUGAAGAUCCGCCGGGCCGGCUUCCCGGUCCGCAGAACCUUCCAGGACUUCUAUGACAGAUACAAGAUGAUCCUUAAGAACAAAAUGGCCCCCGCUGAUUUAAGGGCCUGCUCCUCUGAGCUCCUCAUGGUCCACGACGCCACAAUGAAAGAGUGGCAACUGGGGAAAACAAAGGUCUUCCUGAAAGAGGCCCUGGAGCAAAGGCUGGAGAAGGAGCGGGAGGAGGAGCGACGGCGGGCCGGCAUGGUGAUCCGCGCCCACGUCCUCAGCUAUGUGGCCAGGAAGCAGUACAAGAGGGUCCUGUCCAGCGUGGUCACCAUCCAGAAGAACUACCGCGCCCACUUCUGGAGGCGCGUGUUCCUGCGGCUUCGCUCGGCCACCCUGGUGCUGCAGAAGCACCACCGCGGUCACCUGGCCCGCUCGCUCUGCCGCCAGAUCCUGGAGGAGAAGAGGCGGAGGGUGGAGGAGGAGGAGCAGGAGAGGAGGCGCCUAGAGCAGGCGCAGCAGCGGCAGCAGCAGGAGCAGGAGGAGGAGAAGAGACGGCUGGAGGAGGAGGAGAUGAGGCGCCGGCAGAAGGAGGUGGAGGAGGAGGAGGAGGAGGAGGAGGACAGAAGGAGGGCGGAGGAGGCGGAGAGACAGAGGAGUCGUCGGGUGGAGGAGGAGCAGAUGAGGAGGCGGGAGGAGGAGGAGGAGGAGUUGAGGAGGAUGGAGGAGCAGAGGAUCAAGGAGAAGGCACAGGAGAAUGCGGUGGCUUUGGGGCACUCGACCAGAAACUCGCUGGUGGUUAACGCUGCGUGUCAGAAGAAGGAGCUGUCGCGCUCCCUGUCCCGCAGCCCCGUCCCGGGCCACGCCUCGGAGGAGGAGAGCCGCCAGAUGGAGGAGAUCCAGCGCCUGGAGCGGGAGAUCGAGCGGCUGCAGCGGCAGCAGGAGGACGGCGUGUCGCUGCUGGGCGACGACGGGCGCGACCAGCUGCGGCAGCGGCGGGACGCCGAGAUCUACCGGCUGGAGAAGGAGGCGUCGCGCGUCGCCACCGAGUUCCUGGACCUGCUGGACUUCGGCGGCCUGGAGCCGUCGCUCUCCAGCGAGGAGAACCUCCACGACCCCGCCGAGACCCCCGCUCCGCUGGCGGAGGAAGAGGAGGGGGAGGAGGAGGAGGAGGAGGAGGCGGACGAGGGGUUCCACGCCGACGACGAGUGUGUGCCCCUGCCCGACCUGCCGCUCCCCGCCUCGCCCCCGCUGGACCAGGAGGUCUUCCAGAGCGUGCCCCCGCCUCCGCCCGGCUUCGCGGAGGGUCCGGCGGACCCCUACUCCGCCCCCUCCUCCGCCGCCACGCCAAGGGGCUCGUGGCACUCCACCGUGGUGACCCACCAGCGGUGCCGCACCCCGACGCCGCCUCCCCCCGUCCUGACCAACGGGGGACGGCAGCCCUACGUCAGCAUGGCGCUGACGUCGGAGGCGGAGCCCCCCGGCGGGCAGCCGCCUCCUCCUCCUCCUCCUCCUCCUCCUCGCGGCGGCCCCCCCCUGCCGGACGCGGAGUCGGACUACGACCAGGACGAGUACGAGGAGGUGCACGGCAGCUCGGGCGCCAGCACCAACGACGGCCACGGCACGGACGAGGACGCGCUGAGGGAGUCGUCCUGCACCCAGAACAGCCUGGACUCCUUCAAGGGCAGCUCUGACUCGUUCAUCGAGAGCGACGAGGACAACGAGUGCUACGUGGACACGGACGAGGAGGUGUCCAACGGGCGGGUGAACGUGCUGAACGGCAGCGGGCCGCCGUACUUCCACAGCUACCUCUACAUGAAGAGCGGCCUGAUGAUACCGUGGCGCCGCCGCUGGUGCGUGCUGAAGGACGAGACCUUCAUGUGGUUCCGGGCCAAGCAGGACUCCCUCAAGUCGGGCUGGCUGUACAAGAAGGGCGGCGGCAUGUCCACCCUGUCGCGGCGCAACUGGAAGAUGCGCUGGUUCGUCCUGCGGGAGUCCCGCCUCAUGUACUUUGAGAACGACAGCGAGGAGAAGCUGAAGGGAACCAUCGACGUCCGCUCGGCCAAGCAAAUUGUCGAUAACCACGAAAAGGAAAACGCCCUGAACAUUGUUACAGAGGAACGUACCUACCAUAUCUACGCAGAAACCCCAGAGGACGCCAGCGGUUGGUUCAAUGUGCUGAGUCGCGUCCACACUGCCAGCCCGGAGCAGCGCAUGGAGAUGCACCACGAGCAGGCCAACCCAAAGAAUGCAGUGGGCACGCUGGACGUAGGCCUGAUAGACUCCGUGUGUGCGUCAGACAAUCCUGACAGGCCCAACUCCUUUGUGAUCAUCACGGCCAACCGGGUGAUCCACUGCAACACAGACAUGGCGGAAGAGAUGCACCACUGGAUCAGCCUGCUGCAGAAACCCAAGGGAGACGCCAGGGUCGACGGCCAGGAGUUUCUGGUCCGGGGCUGGCUCCACAAAGAGAUGAAAUCGGGCGCCAAGAGCACGUCCCUGAAGCUGAAGAAGCGCUGGUUCGUCCUGACCACCAGCUCCUUGGACUACUACAAGACGUCGGAGCGCAGCGGUGCUAAGCUGGGCACCCUGGUGCUGAACAGCCUCUGCUCCAUCGUCCAGCCCGACGAGAAGGUCUUCAAGGAGAGCGGCUACUGGAACAUCAUCAUCCACGGGCGCAAGCACUCGUACCGCCUGUACACCAAGAUGCUGAACGAGGCCAUGAGGUGGGCGUCCGCCAUACAGGGGGCCAUCGACAGCAAGGUGCCCAUCGAGACCCCCACCCAGCAGCUCAUCAGGGACAUCAAGGAGAGCAGUCUGAACGUGGAGGCGGUGGAGCAGACUUACUGGAGGAACCCCAUCCUGAGAUACACCCAGCAUCCCCUGCACUCCCCUCUCCUACCACUGCCUUACGGAGACGUCAGUGUCCAUCUGCAAAAGGAGAAGGGCUACUCCAGCCUUCAGGACGAGGCGGUGAAGAUCUUCAACUCCCUGCAGGAGAUGGAGGCGGUGUCGGACCCCGUGCCCAUCAUCCAGGGCAUCCUGCAGACCUGCCAGGACCUGCGGCCGCUCAGAGACGAGGUCUACUGUCAGCUGAUCAAGCAGACCAAUCACGUUCCCCAACCCAACAGUCUGGCCAAUCGCGCCCACUGGCACCUGCUCUCCUGUAUGGGCUGCACUUUCCUCCCGAGCAGGGGUAUCCUGCGCUACCUCAAGUUCCACCUCAAAAGGAUUAAGGAGCUGUUUCCUGGCUCAGAGAUCGAACUGUUUGCCCAUUUCAUCAGCGAGUCACUAAAGAAGACCAAGUGCCGAGAGUACGUGCCCUCCCAGGAAGAGAUCGUUGCCCUCCUCACCAGACAGGAGAUGACCACCACAGUCUACUGCCACGGCGGGGGGUCCUGCAAGAUCUCCAUCAACUCCCACACCACUGCUGGAGAGGUGGUGGAGAAGCUGAUCAGAGGCUUGGCGAUGGAGGACAGCAGGAACAUGUUCGCUCUGUUCGAGCACAAGAACAACAUCGACCGAGCGGUGGAGAGCCGGGUGAUCGUUGCUGACGUUCUGGCUAAGUUUGAGCGACUGGCUGGCAGUGAGGAAGAGGAGGACGAAGGACACUGGAAACUCUACUUCAAACUCUACUGCUUCCUCGACGUGGAGAGCAUGCCCAAGGAGGGUGUGGAGUUUGCGUUCAUGUUUGAGCAGGCGCACGAGAGCCUGACCAGCGGCCACUUCCCCGCCCCGGAGGACACCCUGCAGCACCUGGGGGCCCUGCGCCUGCAGUUCCUCCACGGCGACAAGGCCCGGGUCAACUGGACCCUGGAGAACGUGUACCCCAUGGGUCGCCUGCGCAGCCGCAUCCUGCACUUCACCAAGGCGGGGGCCGGCGCCGCGGGCCAGACGGGCCAAACGCUGGAGCGCCGCAGGACCAGCUUCCUGGAGGGCACCCUGCGGAGAGGCCUGAAGACGGGCUCCAUGAAGAAGCAGCGCAUGGAGGAGGAGCAGAUGCUGGAGAUGUGGGUCAAGGAGGAGACGUCGGCCACCAGAGCCAGCAUCCUGGAGAAGUGGUCCCGGAUCCGGGGGCUCGACCAGCACCAAGCCAUGCUGAAGUACAUGACCAUCAUCAAGGAGUGGCCCGGCUACGGGUCCACGCUGUUUGAUGUGGAGUGCAAAGAGGGAGGCUUCCCUCACGAUCUGUGGCUCAGUGUGAGUGCGGAGAACAUCUCGGUCUACAAGAGAGGAGACCCUAAGCCUCUUGAGACCUUCCCGUACGAGCACAUCGUCUUCUUCGGCGCUCCACAGCCCUGCACCUACAAGAUCACCGUGGAUGAGAGGGAGAUGUUAUUUGAGACGCCACAGGUCGGGGAGAUCACCAAGAUCAUGAAGGCCUACAUCAACAUGAUCGUGAAGAAGCGUUGUAGCGUGAGAUCUGUGUCGAGCUACGGAACCAACUGGAUCCGGUGAUGGUCAGGACAGGACAGGUUCUGUGCUGUACAGAACCAGACCCAACCGGACCAUGGGGGGAAAGACCAGGGAAGACCCGAAGCAAAAUCACUUGCAGAAGAAAAUCGUAGAGCUUUGAGUGACCAUUGAACCAUAUUGUCGAACUUUGGCAAUAUGAAGAAUGGUUGCAAAAGUUUGUACAGAAAGACAAAAAUAACUCCUGCUUAUUGCAACACACAAAACGCUAGCGUCUGCACAACUAUAAGCUAAUUUCUCCACAGGGUAUUGCUUCCUCUGAUACGGGCUUAGUUUUGAAUAUCCUUGACGCUUACUCAUGUUAUUUACACUGGUGGUAGCUGUUAUCUUGCUUACAGUUUCCUUCUGUAGUCAUCGUCCUUCAAAAGUAUUUUUCAUUUUUUGUAUUUAAAACCUUAACCAGGGUGGGAAUUCGACCAAGCGUGCAUUUAUAUGUUCAACGUCAACCAUGCGUAACAAAUCAAAUAACAUGCUCGGACAAUUCUGUAAAAAGCAAUGAGCUCUUUCACUAUCAUUUAGCAUUUUCCCCUUUAAGUCCCUGUCCGUAGUUUAGAGUCCCUCAGGUAAACGGGCGAUACCACAUCAUAAGAACAGAACAGCAUCUACACUUUAUUGCCUUAAGUGGGUUUUCACAGUACAUUUCCAACGUCCACCAUUUUUGACUAAAUAGUCAAUGUAUAUGGCCAUUUACAAAUGUACGCAGGGGGCAAUACCAUGUUUCUAGAUAUGGAAACGUUUGCCUUCUCAUACAUGUGCAGAGACGAGAGGAAUCCAACCUGUAGGGCAAUGCGUUUCACGAAAGGUGCCAUUUACUGUAAAUGGUUGUACAACUGUUUGCCGCUUGUAUGUGUAACGUUACUGUUAGACUAUUUCUCAGUAUUGAUCUGUUAUAUUUUUGAACAGAGUUGGUCAUUGAAAUGAUUUGCGACUGAAGCUGUUACUUGAGGACUGAGGAGCGAGCAUGACGCAGCUUGGCUACCCCAUGUCUGAAGGAUGUAUCUUGUCUGUUUUUAGAUAGUGUCGAGUGUCUGUGUGGCUUAUUUAUUAUGUGGACUAUUGAUGACGGGAGAGAGUGAGCUUGGCAGGGAGAAUUCACAAGCACCGAUGUUGUGAGGACAGUCACAGAAACUAAUUGUGAUGAUGCUGUUUUAUGUAUGGAUUUCUGAAUGAAUUGUGCGUUCUCGGAUACAACUAAAUUGUACCACGAUUGAUGCAACAUUGGAUGUAAACGUGCUCAAAAGUGUAUGUGCAUCAAAGUGAUCAAUGGAAUGUCAUAAGGUCUCAAACGAACAGGCUGUAGCUCCCAAUGUUAUGGCUGGCUGUGCUUGUUGAAUGUUUAAUCUAUGUCAGGAAGUCUGGGACACUCUGAAUGAUGUUAAAGCAGGGAAACAUGCAUUUGCCAAGCUAUUGUCCACCAUAACAAUGAAAUCCACUAAGACUGUACAGAUUGUCUUCACCUAACGUCACAGCACCGCCCGUCUUCCACUGCUCUCUCCAGUCUCUCUGAUCUAGAGGGAGGCUUUCUGGUAACGCUGCCGGCGGCCAUUCCAGAGACUUCCCUGCCGUUGAAACACGACUGUUCCUUAUGCUUGUUUUGAACAAAAGACAACGUUUUAUAACUGAAUUUAAAUAUGCUUUAAUAAAUUAUUGUAUUUCAUUAA